AUGAUGAAAAUCAUCCUUAUCCUGCUUUUUGCUGCCUACGCUCACGGCUGUGGCACGCCCACCUACCAGCCCUCUGUGAGUCGCGUUGUGAACGGGGUAGAUGCUCGACCCUACAGCUGGCCCUGGCAGAUCUCUCUGCAGUAUCUCAGCGGCUCCAGGUACUAUCACACCUGUGGAGGCACUCUGGUCGCUCCCAACUGGGUCAUGACUGCUGGUCACUGCAUCGGAUCUCGUACCUACCGCGUGGUGAUGGGGGAGUACGACCUCACCAAAGAGGAGAGCUUUGAGCAGAUUAGCCGUGUUGAGAAGAUCGUGGUUCACCCUCGUUGGGAUGAUAACUGCCUGUCUUGUGGUAAUGACAUCGCGAUGAUCAAACUGGCCUCCCCUGUCGUCCUGAACGACAAGGUGCAGCCAUCCUGUGUGCCAGAGAGCGGAGAGAUCGCUCCCAACAACGACCCCUGCUACAUCACUGGCUGGGGAAGGAUCUACAGUGGUGGUCCCAUAGCCUCUAAGCUCCAGCAGGCUCUCCUUCCUGUGGUCGGCCACAGCGUGUGCAGCAGCAGCAGCUGGUGGGGCAGCACUGUGAAACCCACAAUGAUCUGUGGUGGCGGUAACAUUCGCUCUGGCUGCCAUGGGGAUUCUGGAGGCCCUCUGAACUGCAGGGGUGUAGAUGGCAGGUGGUACGUGCAGGGUGUGACCAGCUUCGUCUCCUCUCGAGGAUGCAACACCCCCAUGAAGCCCACGGUGUUCACUCGCACCUCUUCCUUCACCAAGUGGAUCAGUGACACUAUGCUGCAGAACUGA